AUGGAUUGGGACCAACGUCGCCUUGUAUCCGUCACUAUGGAUGAAGAGCUGGAGUCAGAAGAUCCAGCAAUCGAACACAUUCAGAAACAUAUCGAUAAUAUCGCAGCCGAUAUCUUUGAGAUCUGGGUUUCACCACAAGGUGAUUUAGUCUCAACAUCCACUGAUCAGAAAGACGACAAUGCUCGAUGCCCAUAUCACCCUCCUCUGGAAGCGACCGAGCGUCCGGACGGAAUUGAGGCGAUUUCGAGGUCAGAACUGGAAGAGCUUGACCGACUAGGCCCACUGGUGGAUCUUGUGAGAUGCCUACGAUCCUCGGAUCCAGACAAGAAGCUCGUGUUCAAGUAUUACUUUCUUGACCAGCGCCUAUCUUAUGUAUGGCAUGAGAUGAAUCUUUGGAUGCGUUUGCCAAAACAUCCACAUAUCGUGGCCUUCGACAAGAUCGUUGUGGAUGACAUUGAGGGUCGUUGCGUGGGUUUUACAAACGAAUACGUUCCUGGAGGGACGCUUGAGGAGAAUAAAACUCGGAUGUUCAAACUCAAAUGGCUGACUCAGUUGGUUGCCGCUGUCGAUGAGCUUAAUUUGAAUCUUGGCAUCGCUCACCAAGACAUCGCUCCCCGCAACCUUCUUAUCGACGAGGAAGCAGAUUCCAUAAAGAUGUUUGACUUUAACUUCUCAGUUCGGAUUGGAGAACCUGGCUACGCCGAAUCGCGCAAUGAUAUCAAGGGUAUCAUUUUCACUAUUUAUGAGAUCAUCACUCGCGACGAAACACUGCGUGCUGUCCGGCACGAGAAGCAAAACGUUCUGGAAAUUGAACAGAAGGAAUGGGUCCAGCACCCAGAUGUCCGACUUGACCACCCGGUCUCGGAGUUUCGUAAGGUCCUCAGAGAGUGGUCUGAGAAGCGUCGCAGAGGCAAACAGAUCACUACCUACACAGAAGCGCCCAACUUCAUCGACUGGCCUGAUAUUCCUCAACCACCACUUUCCGAAACGUUCGUAUACUACGACGGUAAACCUGCUACAAAGCUUUUAAUGCUCUGGAGUACGGAGAGAAAAAAGUGGUUAGAACAAGGCAAGACGGUUCUGAACUGGCAACGGCCACCGCAUUGCAAGCUGAAACCAGGUGACAGAAUUCUGGAGACUGGAGAGUUUAUUACGCGGGGCUAA